AUGAUUCUCUUAGUUUAUAUUGAUGAUAUCAUUCUAGUUGGUUCUUCAGAAGAGCUUCUUCAAUCCUUCAUUAUGUCUCUCAACAGUGAGUUUGCUAUUAAGGAUCUAGGCCCAUUACAUUAUUUCUUGGGUAUUCAGGCUACUUGUGAUUCAUCAGCUAAGAAGUUAUUGUUAACCCAAAAUAAAUAUUCUUUGGAUCUUCUAAAGAAACAUGAUAUGUUGGGAUGUAAUCCAUGCAAAACUCCAGUUGCUCAAGGUCAAAGGGAUUCAGUGUGUGAUGGAACAGCCUUAUCUGAUAUCACUUCUUUUAGAAGUUUGGUGGGUGGUCUUCAAUACCUCACUCUCACUCGACCUGACAUUAGCUUUGCAGCUAACUAUGUCAGUCAUUUCUUACAUUGUCCAACAGACAUCCAUCUUCAGCUAGCUAAGAGGAUUUUACGCUACAUCAAAGGGUCUCUUGGUCAGGGGCUUACACUGUCUUCUGGUAAUUGUUCUGACUUACAGGCUUACAGUGAUAGUGAUUGGGAUGGUUGCCCAGAUACUCGUAAAUCAACCUAUGGAUAUUGUGUUUUUUUUGGUGGUAAUCUGGUUUCUUGGUCAUCCAAGAAACAACAGACUAUUUCUCGUUCUUCCACAGAGGCUGAGUAUCGUGGUUUAGCUAAUGCCGCUGCAUAA